AUGGAGAUCAAUGUUGUAAUUUUAAAUGGAAAAUAAAUAAAGAUUGAAGUUCAAAUAGAGAAGACAACAGUGAAUGAUAUAAAAAAAAAAGUGAUGGAAAAAUCAGGAAUUAGAUUUGAGGACCUCGUAUUAAUCUACAAUAACCAAAUUUUGAAAAAUGACUAAACAUUAAAGAAUAGUGGAAUAGAUAAGGGUGUGACAAUAGAUGCUGAAACUGCAGAUACUCUAACAAAGAAGUAUAAGUAGAAAAUAGAGGAAGAGGUAAAUAAAUGGAGAUAAAAAUUUAGUGAAUAAUAGAAUUAAAAGGAAGAAUUUUAAGAGCAAUUAACAAAAGUUACGAACUAGAUGGAUCAAAUUAAGAAUCAAUAUUAAUAAUAAGUAGCAAAGGGUAAUGAAAUUGAAAUUACUAAGUUAAAAGCAACUAUUAGUGGAUUGGAAAUGGAUAAAACUGAAUUAUUUCAAUAGAUAUAAUAUUUUAAAUAAGAAAAACUAGAUCUUCAAUAAAAAGUAGAAGAUUUUUUAAAAUUGAAAGAGGAUUUGAUAGGAAAGACUUAUGAAAUAAAAGGAUUAUAGAAAGAAUUGGAAUAUGCUUAAAACCGUGGUAAUCAAACCAAAGAUGAUAUAAUUAGAGAAUUAGAUAUCUCAAGAUAAUAAAUUAGGAGAUUGGAGCAACAAAUAGAUGAAGUAAAAACAAAGAAUAAAGAGUUGGAAGUGGAGAAGGUGUAAUAAUAGAUGAAAAGUUUCAUUAGUUCUAAUUAAAAUGAAAAAUUGAGUGAUUUAUAAUAAUAAAAUGCUCACUUAGAGAAGAAACUUGCAGAAUGUAAGAGUUAGUUACAUGGUUUAUUUGAAUAAGUGAGAACUUUAUAAAGUAGAAGGGAUGAUGAAUUGAGAGCUUCCACAAAUAGAUUAGAUCUUGCAUCUGCAGAAAGGAUUUAGAAUUUUGAGAUGCAAAUAAGUAAAUUGACUGCAGAAGCGAAUUCUUCCAAAAAAUCUUUUGAAGAGAGCUAGAUACAGUUAGGAAAUGCUAGAAAGCAGUGUUUUGAAAAUGAUAAAAGGAUAAUAGAACUGGAGAAGAGUGUGGAAAGUCUUGCUAAUUAAUUAAAAGAGAAUAGUCAAGGAAUGAAGGAAAAGGAGAAGUUGAUAACAGAAUUAUAAAUUUAAAAGGAUGAAUUACAGAAAGAUCUGGACUUAUAUAAAAAGCUUCUGCAGUAGUAUAAAAACAAUGCUGAAAAGGGAGAUCCAAAAAAAAUGUCAGAAAUGGACAUUGAGAAUAAAAAAUUGGUGGAUGCUUUGAAUGCUAGGGAAGAGCAAAGAAACAAAGAAUAUCAAAGGGAGGAAUAAUAAAGAAAGAAAGAAUUAUUGGAAAGAUAAGAAAAAUUGAAGUAGGAGUAAUCUAAAUAGUAGGAUUUAAUGUAAAAAAAUAAAGAGUAACGAUAAAAAACAGCAUAAUUUUUAAAGAGGUAGAUGUUUGAAAGUCAUGGAAAGAUUGAGGUUUGUUUUCUGAUUGAUGUAACAGGAUCAAUGGAUCCAUAUAAAGAAUAGGCAAUGAUGUGCAUAAAAGAGAGUAUGAAGAACAUAAAGAUAAAGACAAAUAGAGAUGCUUUAUGGGCAACAGUGGCAUAUCAAGAUUUUGAAGAAAGGAAAUAAUUAGGAGGAAAAUACAAGUAACUAAAUUUCACUCCAAAUCCUAAAGAAAUAGAGGACUAUUUAUCAGAUAUUCCUUGCGCUGGAGGCGGGGAUGCUGCUGAAGAUAUAAGAGGAGGCAUAACACAAAUGGUUCAGAAUUUGGAUUGGAGUAAAAAUUUCAAGAUUGCUGUUUUGAUUUGCGAUGCUCCGACCCACGGUAAGAGAUAUAAUGGCGGAGUAGCCGAUCGAUACCCAAAUGAAGAUAUUGAAGAUGCUAUUAAUUUACUUAUUGAAAAAAACAUUUUAUUUGUUGCUAUCCUUUUUAAUAAGUUUACAUUACCAAUGUUUGAAGAAAUAAAGAAGAUUUAUUAAAAGGCAGAAAAAGAGGAAUUAUUACUAUUUGCAGAUUUAGAAAAUACAGAAUAAGGUAAAAUUUGGUAGGAACUUGUGGAUUUGGUUUCUCAAGCAUCUUAAAGAGCAACUCAAACAAAUAAUAAAGGAACAAGAUCUAAGUAGGCUGCUGCAAAUAAAAGAUCAUAAACCGGUGCGAUGGAAGCACUUUGCAAAUCGAUUAAGGAUCCAUCAAAAUUUGACGAAUUGCCAGGUGUUAAAACUGUUCUAGUUAAGUUUGGUGUUUAUCGUGUUGAAUUAAAAUAGGAUGCGUUUGAAGGAAAUUUGGAAAAUAUAAGGAGACUCGAUAUUAAUAGGGAUUACAGUGUUUAUGAAGAAGGAAAAUGGGAUUGUAUAAGAACUGAGACGUUCUUUGCAGUAGGUUAAAUGAAAUAAGUAUUUUUAAUGAAGAGAAUAAGCAACAAAGAUGAAUUAUAUGUGAUCAAAAUGCCACUUGGAGAUACAACUUAUAAGAGUUAGGAUGAAGCUGUUGUAGAAUGCAGAUCCCACCUCAUUUCAAAAUGUUUAAUGAAAAAGUAUAUUAAUGAAUUGCAAGAGGCAAGGGACAGAACUGACAGAACAAUCAAGAUUCCAGAUGUUAAAUAUUCAGACUUUUUAAUUUUGAAGGAUUUGGCAUAGGGAAAUUCAUAUUGGAUUGCAGAAAGAUUCUUUUCUGGCGAUUUUGUUAAGUAUAAUAAUAACUAUGGUUUUAUUUCAGAUGAAAAUAUAGACCUCAAUCAUUUGGCUUAGGGAUACUCCUAUUAUACAUAUUUCAUUUCAAAUUUCAAUUAUAUGGUUAGUGAUGUUCAAGGAGUUGGAAAUUACUUUACAGAUCCUGCUUUAAAUACAAAAGAUGGUAAUUUUGAUUUAACUGAUAUGGGACUUGAUGGAUAAUCUAUGUUUAUGGUUGCUUAUGGAGGAAAGAAGCAUAUGGGAAGAAAAUACUUGGAUUUAUUGGGUAUACCAUAACCAUGA